GAAUCAGCAAUAAUCUCUUCCCGACCGUGAAGAACAUCAUCCAUUUUCUCUUCCUUUUACUGUUCAAGAGAUAGAGAUAGAGAUGGCAGUCACCAAUGGAUGGGAAAGAGCGGGGCAUUCAAUUCCAAUCACCCAGUUCAAACCCUGCUCUUCGUUUUACUCUUCACCCACUUCGUCAAUCUCAGUUUCCUUUCAUGGUUUCCUGAAGAAUCCAAUCAAUCUUAAAUUCGCACUCUGUCGAAAUUGGGGUACCCAGAAGAAACAAUUUCUGAACAAGGGGAGGAAAAGUAGGAACCUUUGUUGUCUUUGUAGCUUUGGUCAGAAUAACAGUAUCGAUGAUAUAAUCCCUUCUUCGAAUUGGGAUUGGAAUCGUUGGACACGCCAUUUCUCCGAAAUUGAACAAGCCGAAAGCUUUACCUCCGUUCUUAAGUUCCAAUUGGAAGAGGCAAUAGAGAAAGAGGAUUUUGAGGAAGCUUCAAAACUUAAAGCUGUUAUUACAGAAGCAACAUCCAGUGAUAGUGUCGCAAAGAUGAUGGCCCAAUUGAAGAAAGCAAUUGAUGAGGAACGUUACCAUGAUGCAUCACAGAUGUCUAAAUGCAUGGGAAGCGGACUGAUCGGAUGGUGGGUUGGCUGUCCAAAGGAUUCUAAUGUUCCUUUUGGUAAACUGAUUCGUAUCAGUCCAGGGGUGGGUAGAUUCGUUGGGAGGAGCUACAGUCCAAGACAGCUGGUCAAUUCAUCUCCUGGAUCACCAUUAUUUGAAAUUUUUGUGGUAAAAAAUGUUGACGGAACAUAUACUUCUCAGGUUGUAUUCUUGCAACGAGCCAAGAAAAACCUGGAGAUCUCAACACAUUCAUCAUCCAAGUCCAAUAAAGGCCCCUCUACUUCUGAUCUUAGUGAUAACUCAAAUGCUGAUGUUACUAAGAACGAGAAUAAGACAGAGAAAAACGAGGACAAGAUUGUGAGCGUUGAGGGAGUGACCGAGGAAGGGAUAACAAGCGUGAUAAACUUUUUGAAAGAAAAAAUUCCAGAACUGAAACUGAAACUUAUGAAAUUCAAUGUUUCUGAAGAAGUGAUUGGGGAUAUUGAUGCAGUGAAACAGUUAAUAGACGAAGACAGUGAGGAUAAAUCAUCAAUAGAGAGUUCUGAUGAUGAAGCGAAUAUCAUAGAGGAUACUGAACCUGACAGAGUAAUUAUGGGAGAAAGUGAAGAUGCAUCAGCAGAUGGUGAAAAUCUAGAUAUGAAGGUUUUUAUUGGUGGAGUCUUGCAUAAUAAAGAAGAUACUACUAUUAAGGACGAAUUUGUGCGUGUUCCAGCUGAAAUUGAAAAUAUGGAAAGAGAUUCCUUUGUGCUUCAUGUUCCUGCACUGACCCAAGAUACCACGGGGGAAGAGAAAAUAAAUGUCAAAGUCGCAGCUGUUGCUGCUAAAGGAAUUUCUGAGCUCAUGCCUUCAGAUGUUGCCAAGGCAUUUCUGGGUUCUGAUAAGAUAUCUUCCAAGAUAUCAAAAAACGUCCGUGAAAUUGUCAAACUUGCGGUUAGUCAAGCUCAGAAGAGGGACAGGUUAACCGAAUUCACAAGUUUUAGCAGAGUUUUAACUUCUGAAGGCGAUUUAGAUCCUUUUGAUGGCUUGUACGUUGGCGCUUUUGGUCCCUAUGGAACUGAAGUGGUGCAGUUGCGACGAAAGUAUGGAAACUGGACUUCUACAAGUGAUUCUGGCAAAUCUUCAGAUGUUGAAUUUUUUGAAUACGUCGAGGCAGUAAAACUUACGGGAGAUCUGAAUGUUCCUGCUGGCGAGGUCACUUUUCGUGCUAAAAUUGGAAGAUGCAAUCGUAAUCCCAAUAGGGGUGUUUAUCCAGAUGAUUUGGGAGUGGUUGCAAGCUAUAAAGGUCAAGGACGGAUAGCAGAAUUUGGGUUCAGAAAGGCAAAGUGGGUCGAUGGAGAACUACUCCAACUCAAUGGCAAGGGAAUGGGACCUUAUGUACGAGGAGCAGAUCUCGGUUUCCUUUAUGUUGUGCCCGACCAGAGUUUUCUAGUACUUUUCAACCGGUUAAAACUACCCGAAUGAGUACAAAAUACUGACACUAGUAGGGAGCUAGAGCGAUCCUUACAACCAACACUCAAAGUAGGGGAUGUAAGUUUUGGCCUGGAGUUUUUGUGAUAAAAAAUGUUUUUUUUUUUACUUUGUUUACGAUAAAUUAUUAUAAUAGAUGCAAAAAGAAGGCUGUUAAGAGUGAUGGAAUAGAGGAAAAUGAUACCUGAUACUGCUUUGUUUAAAUGUAAGGAGUUUAUAUGCCCCCACUUCUUUACACUUUUUUUUAAUUUGAUUCGUCCCAAUUUUGGACCGACGUAUAUCUUGAUUAGAACCUUGUCGAAAUCUAAGUCAACAGAGCCAUGCCAAUGUUUAUUUAUGAGUUGAUUUGGUCAUCUUUCUUUUA